GUGUUUACCAGAAAGCCCUCAAACAAUCAACGUUCUGUUGCGUGCCGUGCAUGUCUGGAUUAUUGGAUAUAAGGACCAUGAGAAUAUGAGCCAGAUGUGAUUUGUAACUGUUGACAUGAGAUCCACUUGUUAUGCGAAACGCGCUCCCCGGUACAGUCACUCACACGCAUACGCGUGGUCAGAGUGCGCGCACGAAAGGGUGGAGUCGGUUCAGUGGGACUUUUUUUUUUCUACCCCGAGGGAAUCAUAUCUUGACUCAAUGCACCGGGAAAUAAUCCAAAGUGAGCUUUUGAACUGCGCCAAAGGCAAACCGGGGCUGUGGUUCAACCUCCGCCUGCGCACGGGAUCAUAUCCGGUGCUAUUCCCCGUGAUUUUGAUCACGGUGCGGUGAAAUCCAGAGGCAUAAACCCGGAUCAGUUCUCCGUGCCGUCAUGGAGCGCAGCGCUUUGGCCCCGCAGCGCGUCCAGCCCUGGCCGCGCGCGGCGCGUAAAAGCGAGUGGCUCCGGAGCGCUCUGGCCCACCACCACGGCCCCGAUCCCUGCGCGGAUAACGAGAUCGUGGUGCUGGCCACAGGGGUGGACCAAUACCUGCAGGAGGUCUUCCACCACCUGGCCCAUCCCAGCCAGGAGGACUCGGUGUCGGCGGAGGAUUUCACCGCAUUGUGCGCCGUGCUGGGACUCGCCGCAGCGGAGAAAGCACACGGGACGACAAAGGGGGGAGACGCGGGUGGGGCAAAGGGCGAGGACGACGAAGAGUUUGGGGACGCGUGCUCCGCGCUGCCCUGCCGGCUGUCCUUUAAAGACUUCCACUCGAGGCUCUGCGGGUACUUCCGCGUGCGCAGCGCGCGAGAAAGGGCCACCGGGGCGGGCGCCGUGCGCCUGCCCGUCACCGAGGACACGGAGCUGGUGGAGAGACAGAUCCGGCUCCGGUGGCCCCGCGUCAGGCGGAGAAAAUGUGUGAGUUUUGAUCUGGCGAGGGAUCCGAGCGGAACCGUUCACCGGCCGGUCAAAGGUCGAGCCGCAGUGGACCGCGAGCCAGACGAGGUGGCCGCUCUGAGGGAGCUGGUGGAGGACCUCCGCUCGGCGCUGCAGGGGAGCGACGCGCGCUGCCUGGCCCUGGAGGUGGCGCUCCGGCGGGAGAGGAGCCGCGCUCCCCCGCCGCGCACCAGCUUCCAACGCCCAGCUCCGAGCCCCACAACCUCCAUCGCCCUCGCGCGUGGCAAACUGGUGCCCACGCGCAGGAUCAAAGGGCACUGUAGCGGCGCCGCGGGGGACGCGCCGAGGAGACGGGACAUCCGGGACCCCCUGGAGAGGGAGCUGAAGCUGAUCCGCUCCUCGCGCGACGGGCAGCUGGAGGAGGCCAUGAAGUUCAACCAGCGGCUGGAGGAGGAGGUGCGCUGGGCGCACCAGGAGGUGCGCAAGCUGCACGCGGCGGAGCUGGCGCUGAGGAAGGAGAACGCUCACAUCAGGCGGCGGGCGGAGGAGGCCAGGGAGGCGCUGAGCUUGGGGCUUCAGAGGGUUCGGAUGAUGCAGGAGGAGGCUCAGUCUGUGCCGCAGCUCCAGUGCAAGAUCACCCAGCUGGAGGCUGAAUUACACCAGUACCGAUCCCGAUGCACCUGCAUCGCGGACCCCGCCCACCAAGAAACGUACCCGCUGGGGGCGGCAGACGCCUGCAGCAGGACAGAGUGCCUGCAGCGAGCGGUGGAAGGGAGAGCUGCCUCCGAUGAAGAGGAGGAGGACCGAGGGACGCGGUGCUGCCCGGUGGAGGUGGAGAAGCACCGCCCGCUCGGCCGGGCCGGAGGAAACCCCGUCAGCAGGGGGCGCUGCAGCUGGAGGGGACAAACCCAAGAGCAGCUGGAAAAAGAAGAGAAGCCCGAGGGAGAGGAGGACAAGACGAGGCCGGAGGAGAGAGAGACGACCCGUCUGUCUCUGCUGGAGGACAAACUCACGGAUGCCCUCAAACUGCUGCUGCACCUACGCAACAAGAACGUGUCCCGCCGGGUCCUGGGGAGGAUCGUCAUGGACACUCUGGAUGUGUGCAGCAGGAGUGGAGAUGGUCCAUCUCAGGUGCUGCAGGUAGCGGACGCCCUCUGCGUCCGGCUGUCCUCCAGGGAUCUCCUUGGAAACGGAGGGGAGGACGAAGGAGGAGAGAGCAGAGAGCCCCUGGUUCUUCCUUCGGGGUGUAAGACGAGCAGCGGCAACCCUCUGCUCAUCCCUUGCUAGACCAACUCUUGUGUUCUAUGUAUUUAAAGGCUUUAUUUACACUUUGGGUUCUUUUCUUUAUUUGAUGUCAAUUCGAAAAAAUUCAAUGUACAUCACAAUACUUUAUCUUACCAUUGAACUUGGUUUCACUGUAAUGAUUUGUGUGUCCUUUAGCGGAUACGUUUAACUGCAGCAGCUUUUAAGUUUGUGUGAAAACUCCACAAUGCUUGUUACAAACUCUGGUUCAGUGAUUUGUAUUUUGUGUAUAGUUAUUAUGGUCCAUUAGGUUAUUUACUUGUUAGAGCAAGUUACUUCCCUGUGGGAACAGGUUAUUGUCUUGUGGAAACAUUACGAUAGAUUCCGCACUCUGUGAUUUGUGGCGUAGCAGCUACGAGACAUUAACACCAAACAUUGACCAUCGGAGAUCCAAGUUUAAUCUCUGUACUGGGAAAAGUCGAGCAGACUGGAGAUCUGUCAGAUCAUCGAGCUGAAAAAACCCCCCGACAACAAGACUGAGGAAUGGUAUGAAAUCAUAUAGUUCUUUAAUUCCAGCAAUUUACAAAGUCCUGCAGGGAGAGACUCUUCCUCCGGCCUCACAGAGGGCUUCUUUUUACAAGGUGGGCAGACCGAAUGCGCCUCGGCCUCCGGGAGACCGGGACCAGGUCCGAGACGGGUGGAGGUUUGGUGUCUGAAUCAAAAGGCUCCACCUUGAAGACGUUGUCCUUGGGAUUCAGAGGCUCGAGGGGUUUGAAGCACUUAUACUUUCAAAAGGCAGUAGGUGUUUAUUUCCUAUUCAUGUGGACAUUCUGUACUUUUUUUUUUUUCCCCUCCUGGCCUCCCGAGUCCUCAUUUGAACCCCCGGCUCGUCCUCCCCUCCACUGCUGCGUCAUAUAAAGUCAUUAUUACGUUACAAUCAUAAUCAACUGUACAUCUUUAGUUAAUCAAAGCUAAUUAAAGAGAUGCUACUCUGUGGCGAA